AUGGACGUCAAACCGCUACCAGAGUUUCAGUUCUUCCCAUAUCCAGCCAAAUAUCCAAUCGAGUCUAAAGAACUACCAACAGAUGAUCCAAUUACCCUCAACACUUCCUCCUCAUGGACCUACUGCGGACCCCUCUUGACCCUCGAAUCAUGUAACCUGCCAUCCUCCUUUAACACCUGGGCAGAUGCCACAAUCAGCGGUUCAAUAUUGCCCUCCCUAUUCUCCUUCCUGGCCUAUGUCCACGACUUCCUGACUAAAAACAACCAAUCCCACUACUGGCUCACAAUCAGAGCAAGCAAAGGCUCGGACGAAUUCGAUACCCCACGUUGGCACACAGACGAUUUAUUCUUCUCUCCCCUCCAACCACCAAUGACCCAUAGAAGACGUGAAUCGCUCUUCUCGCCAAUCACUAAUCUACUCAAAUCCACCUGGACAGGACCAACAACAAACCCGAAUCACUCAGCCCAAAUCUCACCCUCCAAACCACAAACCAAGCAUCAUGAUCAACAACCACCUACACCACCAACGGCCCAAAUUCCCUCUACAAGCCCCACCCCAACAAACUGGAAACUCACAACCACCCUCCUAGGCCCCGGAACCCUGUUCAUCCCAUCCGCGACAAACCGUCUAGCACGCGCCACGCAACAAGCCGCCAAAUCCGCUGCCCGUGCCGCAGACCCAGACCAUGUAUGCGUCUCCGUGCGCUGUGUCGGGUGCGCUAUGGCGGCAGAGUCGGUGCGAGCACAGCUAGCCGUUGAGCUGGGCGGACAUGGGAUGGUGCAGGCGUCUCCGGGGGAGUGUGUUUUCUUCCGGGUUGGAGAGGACGAGGGCGCUGUGCAUUCUGAGCCGCGAUCGCAUGGUGAUCGGGUGUUUGUCAAUGUUGUCCCUGGCCAUGAGGCGGAUCUUAGGGCGCUUAUGGCGAAGUGGGGGAUGGAGUAUCCGCGGGCUUGGUGUGUGGGGUUGCCGUUGGUGAUUGGGGAGGAGGAGUGUUUGAGGGAUGUUGGGGGUGAGAUUUGA